AAUUGUAGGGGGAAAGUACAACCUUAUUGUUAGCGAAGCGAAGUUUCGUUUUAAUUUUAUCAUGGACACGACAAAGCUUUUUCAUCCAGUAGUUCUGUUUUUAUUUCUUGCGAGUGCGAUGUUGAAUUAUGCAGCCGUACUAAAGCCAAAGUUUGCAUGCGGUGUGAAGCCAACUACUGAAUAUUCUACUAAAAGGAUUGUAGGAGGGGAAGAGGCGGUCGCUGGUGAAUGGCCUUGGAUGGUAGCAAUGUUUCAUAGUCAAGGACAAGGACAAGAACCUUACUUCAAAUGUGGAGCGACUUUGCUGUCUGAUAAAUGGGUUGCAACAGCUGCUCACUGCACUCUAACUGUGCCUCAGAUAUUUUCUGUUAGACUAGGGGAACACGACUUGAACGUGAAAGAUGAUUUCGAACAAGAUAUCCCCGUUUCAAGUGUCAAAAGCCAUCCUGCGUUUGGUAUUGGAGCGAAAAAUGUGUCGGGAAAGAUUGCUCUGUAUGCUGAACAUGAUAUUGCUUUGUUAGAGUUGAGCAGGCCUGCGAGAAUUGAUGCAAGAACGUCGCCUGUUUGUGUCGAUUCAGGCUCGCCUGAGUUUAGUGAAGGCAAGAGUUGUUAUAUCGCAGGAUGGGGAAACAAGAAGCUUCACACAGCAACGGAGCCGAGGUUACUUCAUGUUAGCGUACCGUUAGUCUCCAAAGACAAAUGUAACCAGAUCAAGUCAUAUGGAGGUGUAAUUACCGAUAACAUGGUCUGUGCUGGAUUUGAACAGGGGGGAAGGGAUACCUGUGAGGGAGAUAGUGGAGGUCCACUGCUAUGUGAAAACGAUGGAAAAUGGUAUUUACAUGGCAUUUCAUCUUUCGGACAUGACGCAUGCGCAAUCGCAUACAAAUACGGUGUUUACACACGUGUGUCACAGUUUAAGGACUGGAUUAAGAAAGUAACGGGUAUUGACUGUUAACCAUAGGAUAUGAACAGUGAAAUGGGGAUAUCAAGGCAGGAUGAGCUAGGCGCCGACAAAGCCAACAGAUUCAGUGUGUAUAUCCAUCAAUACAUUUAAGAUGAAUUACCAGCGUAGAAGGAGCCGAUUAUGCUGUGUGUCUUUCUAAAGUUAUUACAAAUUUCAUGUGCUUUA